AUGAGACAUAUUCAUAAAGGAAGCUGUCUUAGUCGUGUUCCUUACAACUCGGUGAUUGGAUUCAUUCUUGUGCUUGUCGGAGGUGGUGUUUUGUGUGGUACAAUUUAUUCUGGAAUUUCACGUAUUGAUACAUACUUUCGAUUGUACUUUUUCCCCGUUUACUCUCUUCCCUAUCUAAGAAUAGCUGCAGUUGUGAAUGGAGCUGUGGCUGUUUUACUUGCUUUUCUCAUUCUCAUUUUCUCAACACUUGUGAAUAAUGCUACUCGUGGUCGUAUCUAUCGAGGCGAUCGUUACAUUAUGGGUGGGCGUUGUUCAGCCGCUCUGUUUAUGUGCACUACUUAUGUAACCAUAAUAGUAUGGUUGAUAUUUUUGGCAUUCCUUGUUGUCCCAACAUUUUGUUGGGCAAUGUUCAAUUCCAUUUGCACUGCUGAACUGGCUGAUGUCUGGCAUGGACCAGGUGCACGACGACCUGGUCCUGAUGGACGUGUUGCUCCAUCUUUAUCCGAAUUACGAGAUCGAAAAGAGUAUCUGGAAGAUACAUAUACAGCUCGUCUCGCCUAUUAUUAUCAAAAUCUUAACCUUGGUUAUACUCCAUAUCAGCCUGAAUCUGGUUUCAGAUCUCCUUUUGUAAACCUGCGAAAUUCUCCUAACAUGGCGAAUUAUCAUACAAAUCGAUAUUUUUCUCCUGACUUCAAUUAUAUUUUUAAUUUAACCCAUUAUGGUAUUUAUAUUAAACCAUGGAUGUACGAUGAAUCACUGAAUUAUCGUGAAGCCAUUACUUCGCUUGAUGAGUUUGCAAGAUUUUGUGAUGAAGUCAUGAUUGUCGGUCCACUGUUCGCUUGUUCUCUCGGCGGUGCUGUAUUCGUUCUACUUGGUUUGACAUUAUUUAUUGGCUCAUUGUCAGCCUACUAUACUCGAUUAAAGUUGACAAAAGAAUUGACCGAUUUCAAACAGAGUAUCGCAUUACGAUCACCGAAGAACCAUGAUCACACAGCUUAUUUUUGA